AUGGGUUCCGCCGGUCCUCGCUCGCCCCAUGUGCUGAUCAUCGGCGCCGGCAUGGGCGGCCUGUUUUUUGCGCAGUUCCUCCGCAAAAAGGGCAUUUCGUUUAGUAUUUUCGAGCGCGAUGCCAGCCUCACCGCCCGCAAACCGGGCUGGGCCAUUGGCCUGUCCAUGAACGACGACUUUGCCAGCUUCAUGCCCGACGACGUGCCCAGUCUUCGCGACGCCAACCAUCUGCUGCCGCUCGACCUGCCGUCGCAGGUCGUCCUGUUCCCGCCCGGCGGCGCGCGCAUCGGCGUCACCGACACGCCCGAGACGCCCUGUGUGCGGGCCAACCGGGGCAAGCUGCGGGCGCUGCUGCUGACGGGGCUGGAUGUGCAGUGGGGCAAGGCGUUGACGCGGUUCGACGAAGACCGCGCGGCCCACACGGUGACGGCCUAUUUCGAGGACGGCACGUCGGCCACGGGCGACUUGCUGGUCGGCGCCGACGGCACGUUCAGCAAGACGCGGGAGCAUGUGCUGGGCGUGAGCAACGCGGAGACGCUGCAGCCGCUGCCCAUGGCCAUGGUGGGCGGCGAGACGACGCUGCGCUACACCGCGCCGGACGCCGACGGCAACGAGUGCCUGGCAGCCCGGCUGAUGCGCAUAGCAUUCAGCUCGUUCCUGGUCAUCCGGCCCGGCGGCACGUUUUUCUGUGGCGUCGACAGCGUGGCCCCCGACAAGGACGCCGUCCGCUUCUACUGGCUCCAGUACAUGCGCGACCCGUCGUAUGCCGACCCCGUCAACGGCAACAAAAACCACUGGCUGCGGACGGCGACGCAGCAGCAGAAAUACGAUGCCGUCGUCCAGUACCAAGAGGAGGCCGGCUUCGACCCGGCGCAGGUCGCGAUUGUGCGCCACGGCGGGCCGGCCGCCGUCACCAAGGAGUUCCUGUGCCUCUACGAUGCCGUGCUGCCGACGCUGCCGACACACGGCGGGCGUGUCUUUUUGAUCGGCGACGCCGCCCAUCCGACGACGCCCUUCCGCGGCGAGGGGGGCAUCAUGGCCAUCAAGGACGCCCUGCAGCUCACGGACUUGCUGGCCGAGGCAAACGUGGAGGAUGCCGCGGCGUUCCAGGCAAAGCUCGAUGCGCUGCAGGACGCGGUGGCCCAGCGCGGCGCCGAGAUUGUGGCCACGGCGCGCCAGAUCGUCGUCGGCGCCGGCGGUGCUGCCGCUGCCAAGACCAAGCCGUCGGGCUGGGGCCACGAGGCGUCGCCCAUUCCGCUGUACACGGGACCUCUUGGUUUGGAAGUGGCCAAAGAGUGA